AUGGCGAUUUCGUUGACUGGAAAAAUCGUGAUUCCCGUGGUGACAAUAGCUGUUGUAGGCGCCAUGACUGCGCUGAUUGUCAUUGUAAUCAAUAACGAAGAUACGAUCACGACGGAAGACACGACUCCAACAGCGACCACUCCCACAACUAUAGAUUUUACUACUAUAAAUACUACUACAGAUUUUUUGUCUACAGAGCCAGAGUUUUUGACUACAGAGGCUCCUAUUGAUAAUGUCACUAUUGAUACUAGUGAUAUAAUUUACCAAGUUGGCGUCGGUAUAGCCGAUAUGACUGGACCUUGUGUUGAAAUUAAUUUUAUGGGCUAUGCAGAUUUUGGCCAAUCGGGGCGUGGAAUUCACCUCCGUCAGUACUCCAGGGCGUUUAUUUUCGUAAAAGGCGACACUAGGAUAGUUCUUGUUACGGCGGAUGUCUUAGCAGUGGGCAUUGCUGUUAGACGUGAGGUGGUGAAGAAUCUGCAGGAGCUAUACGGGGACACGUACUCCCUCCGCAACGUGAUAGUGACAGGAACUCACACGCACAGCGGCCCCGGGGGACAUCUUGUCGACUUCCUCCUGGACAUCAGCAUCCUGGGUUUCUCCAGGCAAACUUACAACGCUUAUGUUGCUGGAAUUACUAGAAGUAUCAUCCGCGCGCACGAGAACAUAGUACCAGCGCGGCUGUUCUUUGGCGAGACGCGUGUGUGGAACGUGCACAAGAACCGCUCGCCGUACUCUUACGAAUACAAUCCGUUGGAAGAAAGAGAACGAUACGACAGCAAUACUGACAACACACUUACCCAAGUUCGAAUCGUGAAGGAAGACGGCAGUAUCCAUGGGGUCCUGAACUGGUUCCCUGUGCACGCUACCAGCAUGAAUAUGAGCAAUCGGCUCAUCUCCUCAGACAACUUGGGCUACGCAGCCCUUCGCCUCGAGCGGGAACUGAACCCGGCAAGUCUGACCGGUAAGCCGGAAAUAGUGGCUGGUUUCUUCGCUGCGAACCAGGGGGACGUGUCCCCCAAUACGGGGGAUGCCCGAUGUGAGUUCAGUGGGGAACUAUGUGAUAACCAGUUCCUGUUGUGCGAAGCCCAGGAACGCUGCUUCGCAUCAGGCCCUGGGGAGGACAUGUUUCAGAGUACUGAGAUUAUUGGAACUAUCAUAUAUGAAGCCGCAUUGGAGGUGCUUAACAGUCCAGGGACAGAGCUGCGAGGUGAGCUGGCGGUUCUCCAUCAGUUCAUUGAUAUGCCUGAUGAAGUUGUCGCGAAAUACGAUCCUGUCGCAAGGAGAUUUGAUGCCAACGAACGCGUCAAAGGCUGUAUCUCUGCUAUGGGCUAUAGCUUUGCAUCUGGGACUACCGACGGCGCUAAUGUACUCAAUAUAACACAGGGUACUUUAACAGGUGUCCCCGAAUUGGACGCGAUAGUAAGUGCGGUAGCGGGGCCUACUGAAGAGGACGUGGAAUGUCAUGCACCAAAACCGAUUCUCUUGGCUACCGGCAGGGCAAGUUCCCCUGUCCCAUGGCACGGGCGGGUAGUAUCAGCGACUCUAAUCUGGCUGGGAGGGUUCGUUGUAGCCGGCCUCCCAGGAGAGCCCACUACCAUGGCCGGGAGAAGAGUGAAGGACGUAGUGUCCAACGUCAUGCGGCAGCACGGUCUCCAGCCCAGGGUUCAAGUUUCCGGAUUAACCAAUGAGUAUAUACACUACAUCAGCACUUUUGAAGAAUACCAGGUGCAGAGAUAUGAAGCCGCUUCCACAAUUUAUGGCCCUCACACGCUCGAAAUAUUCCUCAAUAAAUUCGCGGAGUUCACUUCCGUUGCUAUAGAUGGUGGGGAUGUGCCUCCGGGUCCAGAGCCGGAAGACCAUAGAUCUGACACGAUCUCCCUCGUGUUGCCCGUCGUCCUGGAUGCCACCCCCAUCGGCAGUCACUUCGGGGCUGUUCUCGAGCAGCCACCUUCAAGGGUCAGAAUGGGCGAUAUUGUCAGUGCUACUUUUGUUGCCGCCAACCCUCGUAACGAUAUCCGUCAAGAAUCGUCUCACGCUGUGGUGGAAAGAUUAGAAGGAAGUGAAUGGAGGACAGUUGCCACUGACGCCGAUUGGGAAACCAAAUUCCACUGGGAGCGCGUGUCAACGUUAUUCGGGACGAGUCGAGCGCGAUUCGAAUGGCGUGUACCAAAUAGCACCAUGAGGAACACACCGCAUCGCAUCGUCUACUACGGGGCCUCCAGAAGUAUUAUCGGUUUCAUCACGCAAUUCACGGGCGUCUCUGACACUUUCGAAGUCGAAAUCUAA